CAUUCAAACAGGCAACGGCUAUUCUAGUAUUCAGAACGUGUCGACUUUUAGAAAUGAAAGCCUCACAGAGAAAGGAUACAGCGCCGACCUCGCGACAGUGAUACCGGAGAUUGUGGAAGGGUAUUUAUCCCGGAUUCGUGUUCUUCUGCUCCUCGACGAGAAGGCAUCCACGGUCUCGCCGACAAACUCACCGAGGCAGAGAAGAAAGCGGUGGAGAUUUAUGUGUCAAUACAUCAAAACAAUGCAAUUUAGUUGUUCCUGGAAAAACGUAACCGUAUUCACCAUGUUGGGACGCCAAUUACUCUCUUAUAAGCGGUUCGUGGCUUUCGUUAUGAUCGUCGGUUGUAUCUCCAUGAUGAUAAUGUGCAUGAAACUACGUCACCACCACCUUCGUAAACACAAGAAAUCGAUCGUCAAUAAGGCAGACUUGAACGAUGUAAUCGAUAACUGGUCGGGCUGGCUUUGGAAGCACACCGAGCCAACAACCAUAGCGCCGACAGACAGCGCAGUGCUCUCGGACCAGGCAGAACAUUUCGAUAUAGAAUAUAACCCGCCACUGCGUAGGGGGCUUACGUGCAAUGAUUUGAUGGACAGCGCCAGCAUAGAGACGUUAACCGUUAGGAUGAACGUCGCGGUGGUGAACAAGAACGUCACCAUUUCAGAUGCCAUGUUUCAUACCUUGACCACGACGGACGAUUGUCGAUACUUUGCUUAUAGUCGCGGAUACACUAGCAAACCCGUGACACAGGAAGAACUAGAUUUUCCUUUGGCGUUUGGAAUAUUGAUACACAAAGAUGUUUAUCAAUUCGAACAGUUGCUGAGAACGAUAUACCGGCCGCAGAACUCGUAUUGUAUCCACGUGGACAAGCUGGCCCCCGAUGAUGUACACAUCGCAGUGCAGUCCAUCGUAAAGUGUUUCAAAAAUGUGUACAUUGCCUCGCAGUUGGUCCACGUGGCUUGGGGAACGUCUUCCCGCAUCACCGCAGAAAUGGCCUGUCAACUCGACGCUUUGAAACGAAAUAAGAAAUGGAAAUACUUCAUCAAUCUUACCGGACAGGAUUUCCCACUGAAAACAAACAUCGAAAUUGUGAGAAUAUUGAGAGAAUUCAACGGACAAAACGACAUCAUGAAUACAAGAGAAGUGCAUCUUAAUCGAUUAUUUUAUGUUCAUAAAGAUAUUGCGGAUGUUGUUGUGAACACAUACACGCUGAGGACGGACCCUCUUCCGAAAAACAUCAACGUGCGGAGAGGCGAUCUGCCAUGCGCCCUCAGUCGUCAAUUUGUGCAAUAUCUCCACCACAGUGAUGCCGGAAAAGAUUGGUUGAAAUGGUUGGAUAAGAGCAGUUUCCCCGAAGAAAGCUUUUACCACAGUUUAGCGUCGACCUCUUCGGUACCCGGAGGACCCGGUCCCCGCGACGUGUCACAGAUCAUAUCGAGAGUGAACAGCUGGAGUAUCGAUAAUCAGACAUGCAAUGGCGAGCGUGUGAACAGAGUAUGUAUUUAUACGUGGGAGCAACUUCCGUGGCUCACACGCCAGCCACACUUAUUUGCGAACAGGUUCGACGCCAGUCGCGACGGUCUUGUUUUAAGGUGCUUGGAGGAAGCGCUCAAUCGCAGAACUUAUUCUCCGGUGGCUUUUAAUACUGGUGUAUACAAAAUAUUCGCAGAGACGAGGUUGUUGAACUCGACAGAGCAGUCGUGGCAAAUAUUGGCGUGAUCCUGUCACGUAAAGUAUGAACCCAGGCGUCCACUGUUGAACAAAGUCGUAGUAGCACUACUUGAGAUCUGUGUACCCCCCCCUAGGGUACUCGAUAUAACGAAUGUUAACGGAGGCACGCCAAUAUAAUUCCUAAUACCGACUUGGCAAUUUCUUACCUCAAUAAUCGGUCGAUUUUUAGUCGCGUUAUUUAUGAAUUUCCGUUGAUUUUUCGUGCAGUUGGACAAACAAACAUACACUCAAUAAUGUUGGUUGAGCAUUAAUUUCCCCUAAUGGUUAGAUUAGACAGAAUUCCGAACACAUUUCCUUUGUGAGUAGCCCCGGGAAAGUUUAUUAUGUUUCACACCUCGCUACCCUUAAUCGAUUGGCUGUGAUUAUUAGUAAGGUAUCUGGGAUGCGAUAGUACGCACGUAAAGCUGCUUUCUGGGUUUUGUAGAAAGUUGAAAUUACCAACAAUGCACUGCGGUCAACAUCCGGUUGCAAAUCGCAACUUCCAGCACAUUUUGAGAGAAGAAAAAAACAAGAAAUAAAAAGUAAGCACGACAGUAACACUUUCUAAAGGUAUCGGGGACCGAGUCGCAGCCACAAACAAGUUAUUUUGUCAGGUUGUUAGUCACGUCGUCGGUUUUAUGGUUCGCUACUUGCAAAGCAAAAGAUGCGCUGACUCGAAACCAUUUAAUGAAAGACCAGAUUUUAUAACCUUUUGUUUUUCAAUUAUCGAGAGUACACAGACAAUUCAAGCUAAACGUUUUAUCAGCAGUGACCAUUCAUGCCGCUCAAAAUUUGCAUGAAAAAAAUGCGGGAAACGACAAAAUCUUAACAUAUUCAAUGAUUGUAUUCACUGGAACUGCAAUUCGCGGUUAAUAAUAUACGCAACUUGUCGCCGACAUCUCAUUAAGGGCGAGAUAACCACGAGACUUGUUUCAUUUUGUCAAGUCAUCGCGUUCACUGUACCAUAUAGGUUGGUUUGGUUGUUCGUCACAAUGUCGGCUAUCUUGACGUCAUUACGAGACAGAAUAUGGCUCCACACAUUUGUGACGUUAUGGUUUCUAAGUUGUGUCUUUUCUGCAGCCUACGUCCUUAGCUUUAAACACAUGACUUGAAGUACAUUUAUAAAAACAACGUUUCCAACAAUGGCAUUUUUAUAUAUUUACGUAUAUUUUUUUAUAGGAGACGUAUUUUAACAAGAUAGAGCUAAAAAAAAAAUAAAAGAAAGAAAGAAAGAAAAUAAAAGACAACGCAAGCUACAGAUCGUUGCAAUGUGACGUCACUUGUUUACAUUUUUGCCAACCAGGGUGCGAAAAUCUGAUAACAAAUGUCAAUCACAGAAACAACAGUCCAGCUUGCGGUCUGCUGCGACAACGCUACCCGUAAAGAUGUUGUAUUUUAUUGAAGCGUGAAGAUCGUCACCUACGCACGCGUGGGAAUUGAGUCCCAAACGAUAACAACGCACGCUAAAAACGCAAAGGCUCGUGGGUAGACGCUUGUUUGUAAACAUUGACACGCUAUGGCCAUCUGACGCAUGCGCAAGUGACGACUCCCCCGCUUUAGCAGGGGUACGUACAUAUUUGCAUAUGUGCAACGAACAACGUCGUUAUUUUAUCUUCGGUUGCGUAAGACAGGUCCUAGCACACAGUCACUGCGCAUGCCUGUGCGACGGUUUGUAGUCUUUGUCAGAAAUAAACCAAAUUCGAGGUCAGAUGAUGUUGUGCAAAACAAAAUUGGUUACGUUGACGUCAUCAACUUGAAGACUGAGUACCACCAAGAGUUUUGUGACAGCUGAUAGUGCCUCAGAAUUCCGUACCAAAAACUCGUGUUUUGAAAGUAUUUAUUUAUCAAUUAACUUACUUCACUGAGAAUGUUCUACUGCCCAAUUUUUCUGGACAUGUGCAACACUCGCUUUUCGACCGUCUUCAGGUUUUUCAGAGAGCGGUCUACCUUGCAACCAUGCUUUCCGCGCUUCUAACAGAUUCAGUCACAUUGUUAACCCCGUUAAAAUAAUUUUCUGAUAGCGCGUUCAGUUGAAUAUGCGUUUGAAAUGACCACGUGUAUGUAACACUCUUGUUAAAAAAAUCCUUCGCUUUUUAAAUGUUGCAUUAUUUUGAAGUCUACCAUUUUGUGUACAUCAUCUUUCACAAUAAUCACUACAGAAACUUCAAUAUAUUGUAAAAUACUUUAUUUUCGCUUGGAUUAAUUUUCGCUGAAGGACCGAUCCAGUGAAAAUAAAAUCCAGCGAAUAUACCUUUUUUCAUAUAUUUUACCUUCAACUCGUCAAAAAUGAGUGAAAAUAAAUUCCAAAGAAAGCACCUAAAAAGUUUGUUCAGCGAAAAUUAAUUCCAGCUAAAAUAAAGCAUUCUACAGUAUUUGAUUUCAAAGUUAAUAGUAUGUUACAAUAUUUAUUAUGCAGCUGCGCUUUCACAUUUGUAUCGCCUUGUUACCAUGGUAACAAUUUGUCCACUUCGUGAUAAUAAAUUUUGUAAAAUAAAUG